AUGGCGGAAGCCGUGUCAAACAAGGAGACGAUCGUCGUGGGCGAGAGCUCGAAAGACUCUACAGACAGCCCAACACCGAGCCGUAGAAAGACACUCCAACCGCAGGCCGUCAACGUCAAACCGCCUCAGCCAGCUAUCGCCAGCUUCUUCUCUUUCUCCAAACGCUACAGAGAUAGAUGUGAUCCUGAAGAAAUCGCUACGCCACCCUCGGUCUACGACGACCCAAAACUGGCACCGUACUUCCAGCCAAAUCCAAAGUAUGAGAACCUACACCGAUUUGAUCCUGCUUUUCGGUGGACAUGGGGCGAGGAGAAGCCUCUGAUCCGCAAAAUUGACUGGAAGGUCACCGUCUGGGCAGCGCUAGCGUUCUUUGCUCUUGAUCUAGACCGGAGUAACAUCAGCCAGGCGAAUACUGACAGCUUCCUGGAUGAUAUGGGGCUAGACACGAAUGACUAUAACCUCGGCCAGACGCUAUUCAAGGUUGCGUUCUUGCUCGCCGAGUUGCCGUCGCAGCUUGUCAGUAAGAAGGUUGCUCAAAUGUGCCUUUGGUCCAUCGCAUCUGCAGCACAGUUCUGGCUGAAUAGUCGCGCUUCUUUCCUCGCGCUGCGUGUGAUCAUUGGUGUUCUGCAGGGUGGUUUUAUCCCUGAUAUCAUUCUGUAUCUCUCCUACUUCUUCAAAAGCGACGAGCUACCUCUACGUCUGGCAAUUUUCUGGAUGGCAAACCGCCUCACGGACGUCGUUUCCCCGCUCAUAGCAUACGGUGUACUCCAUAUGCGCGGGACUCAAGGGCAGGAGGGAUGGAGGUGGCUCUUCUUGAUAGAAGGACUUCUUACCCUUUUGAUAGGCAUCUGGUCAAUCUUCCAGAUGGCUCCCUCGCCCACACAAACAAAAGCCCUCUGGAGACCUAACGGGUGGUUCAGCGAGCACGAAGAGAAGAUCAUGGUUAAUCGGAUCCUCCGCGACGAUCCCUCCAAAGGAGACAUGCAUAAUCGAGAAGCGAUCACCCCGAAAUUGCUCUGGCGGAGUCUAUGCGACUAUGACCUCUGGCCUAUCUAUGCCAUCGGGCUGACGUUCGGUAUACCUCCUGCCCCAAGUGAUCAGUACUUGACACUCACUCUGAGGGGGCUGGGCUUUGACACAUUCGAGAGUAAUCUGCUCAGUAUCCCGGCGCAGAUUUUCACGACUAUCAAUGUAUUCCUCUCUUCCUUUAAACCAAACGUUAAAUGGAAUCAGCGCGCGUUCCUCGGCCUCUUCACGCAGUUCUGGUUCCUCCCUUGUCUGAUUGCCCUGGCGGUUCUGCCAGAGGGGACGCCGAGAUGGGGGAGUUAUGCGCUUGUCACAGUGAUUUUGUCGUACCCGACGCCGCACCCAAUGCAAGUUGGUUGGUGCAGUUCAAACUCGAAUACGGUGCGGACGAGGACCGUCUCGGCUGCUUUGUACAAAGCAGGCACUGACGAAAGCAGUAUGAUGGUCCAGAUCCAGUCAAUCAUAUCGUCGAAUAUCUACCGUGAGGACGACAAACCUCUGUAUCGCCGCGGAAACCGCGUCCUGAUCGCGAUCAACUGUCUGAAUUUCGUGCUGUAUCUGUUUGCCAAGUGGUACUACCAGCAGAGGAAUAAGAAGAGGGAUGCUGUUUGGAAUAGGAUGAGUUCUGAGGAGAAAGAAGAGUAUCUCAACAUUACAACAGAUCAGGGGAAUAAGAGGUUAGAUUUCAGAUUUGCAAGCUAG